UGGUUAAAAGCAAUGCUCGGAGGACACUUAGAACAGCCCUGGUGAUUGAAUUAUAGAACAAACUCUGGAUAUUAAAGCAAAAUGAAGAUCAAUAUUGAUCCGGGUCCGAGAGAAGCUUUCCGAUAUUGAAAACCAUUUAGCGUUGAAUGCGGUUGCAUUACACACGCUGCCUUUAAUGGUAGAAGGCUGCAAUUAUUGCCAGGAUUUGGGGAAAAAAGUAAACAUGUGAGAAAACAAUAUUAUUCUUUGCUUGAAAGACACCAGUUAAGAUGAUGUGGCCUAACACCUUGGUUCCUGUGCUAUGCAUUGUUAUCAUUUCUUUGCCAUUUUCCUUGGAAGACAAAAAGAUGUGUACAAAGAGGGUUGAGGGUGUGACAACCAAAGUUCCCCAGACAAGACGCAUCCCUGCCAAAUGUUCUAACUGGGACCGAGCUUGGACGUGGGUCACUCACUCGGACUGUGGAACCAAAUACGAAAUCACCUAUAUUGAGCUGCCCCAAAGCCAGCAGUACAGAUUAGUGUAUGAAUGCUGCCCCGACGACAAGGAUUGUAAAACUGCAGAAGGACAGGGAGACCAUGAAUCAGAUGAGAGAUUCCUGGCCAUCACUUUUGGAUGUGCCUCUGCAGCUUUCAUCAUACUUAUCCUCAUCAUUGUCAUCAGUGUGUGUAGAAAGAGACAUUCAGGGUUCAUAUUUUGUCCAUACAAGAAGGAAUAUGAAAAUGCUGCAGAAUCCCCUGUUGGUUUAGGUUGCCUUGUUGAACGCUCCGGUCCAAACGACUAUAUCAUUGGUGACAUUGGGGAGGAACGUAAACUGGUGAUGGAGUCGGAGUAUGAGGAGAUAUGUGAUAUUAACCCAGCAGCAAAAGAGGCAAACUGGGACAACAUGUAUCAGAAGAGUCCUUCUGCACCUCCAGAGGAAAUGCUAAUAGAGGACCAGGAACCAGCACAUUCUUUGACCAAUGACAAUACAGAAAAUGGGGAACUAGCAAAUGUUGCAAUGGAGGGAAAUUUAGUUGAUAUUGAACAAAAAGAGUUAGAAACUACUUUAGUUGACAUUGAGGAGAAUAACCAUGGUAGAAAUGAGCACACUUCAAACAUAGAAGAUUUGAAUAUUACUGGAGGUAGAUCCAAUGACAUUUCAUGUGAUGACUUGAAUGAAGAUGUGCUUAACAUUAAACUUUCUACAGCAAACAGUUCCUCUUUAGAACUACUACAGCCCAUAAAGACUGAGGGUGAAACCCGAAGAGACGAUUCUAUGAAUUUGGUGAAAAAUACAGAUUGUGCUCCACCCCAAAAUUUCGAUUUGAUGACAAUAUCUUCCUCAGAAGUUUAUUCGGAGAAGACUCCUGUGAAAUCUCCAGCAGAGGGUUCUAUGAAAUCAACCCAUGACAAUGAUUCUAGAGACUGCAAAGGAAUAUAUGAAGAAUUGAAGUGAAAGUUACAUUAUCACUUGGUACAUUCAACAUGCAGUACUUCAGCCAGCGAGUUGUUUCUCUUGUUGAAAUGAUCCAUACUUAAUAGAGACUAUAUAUAGGCCUAGUCCAUAAAACAGAAAAUUUGGAAAUGAUGCUUCAACUGCUUAACAAGGAGAGAGGCUUUAGUUUUUGCUGUAAAUCAAGAGAACAUUCUUAGAAAUGAAUUGAUUUCAUUUACCACAAACAAAAUUGGUAUAACUGAGUAAAGUGAGAGAGAGAGAGAGAGAGAGAGAGAGAGAGAGAGAGAAUGCAAAGAGGGAUAACUCUUAUUAUACAGAAUGAAAUGUGUACACUAUUUUUUUCCCCAUUUUUUUUUUUUUUUUUUUUGGUUGUUGCUGUUAUUGUGAGAGUUGAGAUUGAUACAAUGUAAUUAUGAUAUUGUAAUACAUGUUCCAUAUUUUGCCAAGUAAAUUGCAGUGAAAACUAUAUCAAGGAACUUUUCAAAGUAGUUAAGAAAAAAAAAUUGCACUUAACAGAUGGGAUUUAUUUUUAUCUAGACAGAGAUGAGAUAGUAAGUUAGAUUCUAUACAUGAUAUUUAUUCUGCAUUAUUGGUGCAUAUAUGAAAUUUUAAAAAAAAAUUCAUGUUUGUAUAAGAUAUAAAUAAAUACAACACGAAAA